CAUUACCAAGGUGACUGAGAUGGCCAUGUACUUCUAAUGAUGGGGGCCACCUUCUAUGUUUGAGGAGCCUCAAUGCUUUAUGGCUGAUCUCCAGUUUGUCCUCCUAAGUAUUCCCAUCCUUGCCUUUGUGUGUGGGGUGGGGAUCCUCCUCCUGUUACUGUGCUACCUGAAGAGGAAUCCUAGUUUCUCACUAUUUUGGAAAAAGAGAGACAUCAAUCAGUGUCAGGACAGAGUCGAGAAGAGAAGGAAAGGUGAAACACUGAAAGGUUUGACAGCUUGCCAGAGAGAAGCAGAUGAGGCGAAGCAGGUGCUUUCUCUUCGGCAAAGACACUUGGGCCAGUUUCGUCAAUUGUUAUGUCCAGACCCCUCCUGUGAGGUGUGUAAUAGAGCAACUGCUGAGGUUAAUCGACUGCUGCUCCGGAACACCCUGGAAUAUGCUGCUACUCCUGUGUCCCCUUUGGCUUCCACAGUUCCUGUGACUGAGUCAUCACUCACUCUGUCCCCUGCCUUCUCAGCAGUCCCUCCUGGAGACCUAACAUCAGUGCCUCUGCCUGAGCCUUCCCCACCACCUGUCUUCACUCUCUCACCUAACCCAGCAACCCUUUUGGAUGAAUCUCUUUCACCCUCACCACUAGGUUACUCUCCAUCACCAAAAAUUUUACCUCAUGUGGAUCCAAAAUUCCCAGUGGACAACUACCCUCCACUAACCAAUGAUUUUCCCCCUCUCCCACUACAUGAAACUGAGAGAGUAGAUGGUAUUCUCCUACCAGAGGCCACUUUGUGUCUGAAUACCAACUUCUCAACUGACUGCACUCUUUCCCAAGACACCAAUGCAUUGUCAGAUUUUCCACAAGUAAUGAAUCCCACUGAUUCAUAUGCUUGUCAUCAUGAACCAUCAUCCCUAUCUGUUUCAUCACCACCAGACUGUACUUUAAGUGUGACUCAAUCUCAAUCGAUUUCCAUCUUACAGAAGUCUGUCCCAGACAGCUCAUCUCCAGGUAACUCUGAGGGGCUGUCCACUUAUGUCCCAGCAAUCAGAAACACUGACCAUUUAAGCCCGUCAUGUUCAGAAUUAUCUUGGUGUCAGACUCAUGAUGAGACUCCGUUCCACCCCCCAUUAUCAGAUUCCGAUUUUCAGCAAGAGCGUGCUUCCCUCCCUUUACCAGGGACUUGUCUCUGGGAAGGAUCUGCUACCAAACACAUGAAGGCCAGUGGCCUUUCUUUCCUGGGCCUUAAUCUUCAGGAUCUCUCAGAGAGACAAAUCAAAAAGAGAAUGCCUUUGCAGACUUUAGAGAAGACAGUAAAUGAGGAGGGACUACUUUUAAAACCAUUGUGGCCUGAAGACCCACAGACAUUUUUAGGCAAUUCAUUGCACUCAUCUGAUGUACAAGAAGCCACAACCCCAAGAACUGGCUGGAACACUAAAGGCAACCCAAAGCUCCUAUAUGUCAAGACUUUGGGGAAAAAUUUGCAACAGAAAUAUAGCCAGCUCUUCUGGGGUCUUCCUUCUUUGCAUAGUGAGUCCCUAGUGGCUACUGUCCUAGUUUCUAGUAGUGGUACCACCCUAGAUCCUCACUUUGUCUUAUUCAAUGGAACUGGUAAAGCUUCUGGGAUUCAAAGGUGGGGUCAAGAAUCCCCACUACUUCCUCAUUCCCAUCCCUUUGCCCUCUCCAAUGUACAUCCCAAUCCCACAUCUCAAACUAAACUCCAAUUCCACCCCAUAACUUUCACUCAGGUCCAGCCCCAAGCCCACCUUCAAUCACGACUUCCAAUCCUACCAUCUUCUUCUCUGUCCCAGAUUAGGGACUGUGGAAUGUCAUUUCAUAGAUGCCAGAAUGAGUCCGACUCUAAUAUCUCAACAGAAAAUCAGCACCUGAAAUGGCAUGCAUUGCAGAAGCAACAGGAACAUUUGUGGGGAUUAGUCUCCAAGCUCCACAAAUCUCAAGGAGCCAUUUGUCCUCACGCCCCCAACAUUCCAUUGGUCAGCCAUACAUCCCAGGCCUGUGUACCUGUUUCUUUCCUUCCUGGCCAUUUUUGUAUGGCCAGUGAAUCCCAGGAGAAACCAGAGAUCAAUGUGCCAGAGCGACUAAUUCCACAUCAGUGCCUCCAUGCCUUUAGGAAUAUAGAGUCUCUAGCGCUCCUGGAACCUCAGUGUCAGUUAAUAGAAAAUUUCCAGCAGAAAAGCAGCCAUGCUUACUCACAACUCUCUGAUCUUCAGAUACAAAAUAACAAGGAUCUAAUAAAGACUGAAUGGUGUCUCUCAGGAAAUUUCAAUGAGAAGGAAAAGUUUCAUGGAAAGAAAGACAUAAGGCAGAAUUUUGAGCAUAUCUUAGGAAAGAGCUCACAAAGGAUCUCUGAAUUCUAUCUAAUGAAGGAUUUGGGUACAGCCUCUGACAAAAAAAGUAACUGUGUGUUUCGUUCAAGGUAUGGUCGAAGAAAUGAAUUAUUAAGUGUCUCAAUGAAUGACACUGAAAUGAAAACCAUUCUCAGAUUACACUUGAGCAGGAAGUUUUGGCAGAUCACAAUGGGAAGGAUCCCUAUAUGUGUGUGUCGUUCAUGGUUAGCUGACGGAAGUACAUCUCUACCUUCUGGGGUUUCCCACACCAAUAUCAAAAACACAAAUUUGGCUAACACAAUGGUAGGUAAGGCCUACUGCCAGAUUACUACCAUAGAGCCUUGUUUUCUUGAUUCUAAUACUCGACAGGUUCUAGAAUCCCAUAUUAUAAGAUUUCAGGUAAAUCAGAUGUGGGGCCUGCCCCUCAAGGUUCGUGAAUCCAUAAAAUUCUAUAUGCUGAGAGAAGCCAAAACAUGGCCUCUGCCCCAAUUUGACUUUCUCUCCUCAGCUGCCUGUAUUUCUGGUGUGGCUUUCAAAGGUGAUAUUUCUAAGUCCCUUGAGGGAAGCUCUAAAACUUUUCAGGGAAACAAUAUGAGAACAAAAUCAGUCUCCAGCUUGGACCAACCUUGCCCAGCUAUCCCAUGUGUAGGCAGUGAAGAACAGGAAGACCUGAAACUAUCACUCUUUGAUGUCAAGAAUGAGCUUACAUAUCUUGACAGCAUUAAGGAUGGCAGACAGACUUCUCAGUCUGUCACAACCAGCAUCAGUGACAAAGCCAUUCAGACUGAAACUGUACUAGACUAUAAAUGCAGCCCAGAAGUACCCACAAGACUGGCUGAUGCUGGAUAUGAGCCAAUGGAAAAGAAUGUGAGUUCUAGUUUUAGGGUAGAAAUGGUUCAGAAUGAAAUGAAGAUGGAGAAGAAUUCAGAACAUUUUUCCAUGCUUAGUGUGUCCAGGGAGAUAUUCAAGGCUGAAGAGCUGUGUGCUCGUCAAUCACCAUCUAGUGACAUCUUGACAACUACAGAGACAGGAAGUUCCCAAGAGAUAAAUAUCAAUAUGAUUAAAGCAGAAACUACCUUGACCACUAAAUGCCCCUCAACAGAAAUACUGGAUUUCAGAGAUGAUGAAUCAAAAGAUUGUCAUGAAUUAAAGUUUAAACUGGAGAGUGGGAAGCAGAGCAAGGCCCAAGGUCAAUCUAAUGACAUGCACCUUUAUUCAGAUAAAUUUACCCACAAGUCCUCACAGACUCAUUUCCAGAAUAUCUCCUGUGGGGACAUGGAAGUUUCCCGGGAGCUACAUGCCCAUGUGGAGAACAGUGGGAUGAGCAUGGAACAGAUACAGGAUAGUAGAGUCCCUGAACAAGUUUUCAGGAGGUGCCAGGGUAAGAACGUCUUGCCAGAUGCGAAGAGAGUGGCCUUAAAAGACAGAGGACCAUCUGAAGUCCUCACUUCACAGGGAAGUGAGGAUUCAGGAAGAGGGACACUGAAAGGCAGAAAGAAAAGAGAGACUGUUGAGGAUGGAGAAUUAGAAGACACUUCCCCAUCUCUGUCAGAGAAUGUACAGUUUUCUAGUGAAAGUUACCUCAGAAAAAAGAUGAGACAAUUAUUUCAGUGGCUUGAUUGCAAACGAAGAAACACAGGACGGGAAAGUUCCCCACCAAAAGUCAAGUUCAUGUCAACUAUUGCACAGCAUCAAGACCCACUUGAAAGUGCAACUGUCUUUAUGAGUUAUGAAUCUCCUGAAGCAAUUGAGCUUAUGACAGCCAUUGGGAAGAUCCUAGAGAAAAAAGUGGCAGGUGCGUAUGAAUCCGAUGGCUCAGAGUUAAGACAUCAGGAAAAAAUAGAGUCCAAAAAGGGAAAUCCCUUAAAUGAAGUGACUUUAUCUGACCCACAACAAAGGGAAUGGGCAAGUAUGAAGGCCAGCAGCAAAGAAGCUGCCUCUGCUGACCAGAGCUGUCUUUCAAAUGUUAGACAGGAUGGAAGCAGGAUAAAACAUCCUCAGAGAGUAGUGGCCUUUCCAGGCCAGAUUUUCUGGGAGAGUCCAUGCCCUUCCCCAUCCUUCAGGGAGUCAAUGCCUCAUCCAAGCCCCAUCUGUGUACAUCAAGUAUGUCAGGUCUCUUCAGCCACCCUUCCCACUGAUGAGGACACUGUGAUGAGAGAUUUGACUCUUCUAUUCAAACAGAAAACUCUUCUCCAGCACUUUCAGAAAGAAAAAAUUUUCUCAUAGAGUUUAUUCAGUCUUUGUUGAAAAAGUUCCAGUUCUUUGGGAAUAUAGCCUCUGAUAAGGACAAGUUUUUUUUAGCACAACCAGAACACUGACUGAUUCUCUUCAAUAAAUGAUUCUUCUAAUAGUGAGUGGUAUUCUCUGUGUGCUUUAUGAGAGCAUGGGUUUUGGAUAUUUCAGGACCUGUGUAUAGGG